AUGGUCAUGCCUUUGAAGCUCAACUUGCUGAAGCCCUCACGUCAUCGUGUUCCAUCUCCAAAUAUGAGGCCUCAGAUUAGAAACAACUCCAAGCUUCUUGACAAUUUUACUUACAAGCUCAAUUCUGAGUUCGCUACCAUGGAUUUGGGUUCUCUUGGUUACUUCCUUGGUCUUGAAAUUACCUCCACCACUGAUGGUCUUCUUCACCUGUCCGCUGAUGGUCCUCCGUUUUUGGAUCCCACGCUUUACAGAUCUUUCGUUGGUGCUCUUCAAUAUCUGACUAUUACACGUCUUGAUAUUGCUUAUGCUAUCAGCUCUGUCAAUCAAUUUCUCUAUUUUCCUUCUGAAGACCAUUUCCUCACGGCCAAACAUAUUCUUCACUAUAUUAAGGGCACACUACAUUUUGGCCUCACUUUUCAUCCAUCUGUUAGUCCUAGUGCUUUAGUCGCUUACUCCAAUGUAGACUGGGCAGGAUGCGUUGAUACUCGUCGUUCUACCUUUGGUUAUUGUAUUUACCUUGGCGACAAUUUGGUGUCUUGCAGUGCAACGAAAUAA